AAAACAUCCAAAUCCAAACCAUAGUAUAAAUACGUAGCUUAGAAGAUAAAAACCCUAGCCUUCUUCACCGUUCUUCAGGGUUUACAACAGCGCAGCUCCUUACAAAGGAAGAAAAAAUGGCAGUUCCGUUGCUGACAAAGAAGAUUGUGAAGAAGAGAGUGAAGAAGUUUAAGAGGCCACAAUGGGACAGGAAGAUCUCUGUCAAGGAAAACUGGAGAAGACCCAAGGGUAUUGAUUCAAGGGUCAGGAGAAAAUUCAAAGGUGUAACUCUGAUGCCCAACAUUGGUUAUGGAUCAGACAAGAAAACUCGCCACUAUCUUCCCAAUGGAUUUAAGAAGUUUGUUGUGCACAACGUGCAGGAGCUUGAGCUUUUGAUGAUGCACAACAGGACUUAUUGUGCUGAGAUUGCCCAUGAUGUCUCUACAAGAAAGAGAAAGGAUAUUGUCGAGCGUGCAGCUCAGUUGGAUGUUGUUGUUACCAACAAAUUGGCUAGGUUGAGGAGCCAAGAGGAUGAGUAAACAUUAGUACUUUUAUUUUGGAUUUUUGGUACAAUUCUGUGUAAUUUCAGGAUUAAAAUGUUUUUGAUUGAAUUAUGUUCAUUUCUGAAUCCUAAUGAGUUUACUGCUUCGCUGAA